GAUGAGGUAAAACAGGUGUACAAAAUGACAAGAUAAAGUGGUAUAUUGGGCCCAAUUGAACCACCAUUGAGUUCCCAAUUAAGCGGUAACAGAGGAAAAGGCAUUGAAGUGUGUGAUUAUUUAGUGAACUGUGCUCGAAGUGACUGGACGUGAAAUGGAAAUAUGAAGAUUUUUAGUGAAUUUUUGAUUUUUGCUAGUUUACUAAUCGGUGGACGUCAAGUUUCUGGUGAUUGUGUGUGGUAUGAUGUGUGCAAUGUAGACGGGAGAGGAAAAUAUCAAAAUUGUCCAUACAAUGGUCCAGGAUUUCCCUUAGACUUAACUCAAGAUCCGGAAGCUGGUGAAAUUCUACGGAGACGAUGUCCUGAUAUCUUUACAAAUGACGAUAUGCCGCUGUGUUGCACACCUGCCAGUAUUCGUCUAAUGGAUUCUGAUUUUGCAAUGGCUGAGGGAAUUUACGGAAGAUGUGAAGGAUGUCUGAAAAAUAUGCUUCAGAGUAUCUGUGCUUUUUCCUGCUCUCCCGAUGCCAGUAAAUUUAUCAAAACUUAUAUUUCCGAGAAUGAUGGAAAUCUUGGUAGAGGCCCCUUUGUUGAAGAGAUGGAUUUUUUUGCUAGUGAAAAUUACUACAAUACAACUUAUGAGAGUUGUGCAAAUAUUGUACAUCCGGCAACAGGAAAAUUUGCAAUGGAUAUAGCAUGUGGAUCUUUUGGUUCUGCAAGGUGCACUCCUCUUAGGUGGUUUGGUUUUAUGGGGAACAGAAUUGAGAAUCCUCUAGCACCAUUCCAAAUCAAUUAUUUGCCAUCUGAUGAUCCUGAAGGUAGAUUCGAAGGAGAACCUAGGACGUGCGAUGAUCCCUAUCCUGGUUCGUUUGAGUGUUCCUGCAUUGAUUGUCCUCUAAACUGUCCUCAAGGCAUGGAGCCUGAAGUAGAGGAAACUACUUUUAUGGUUGGAGACCUCAACGGUGUGACUUUUGUCACGGCAUUGUUUCUGGGAUUGCUGGGAAUUGUCUUUGUGGUAAUUGCAUCAAUUCGUACACGACACAGUGACUUCGAUGAACUACCAAAGUGGACAGGUGGAUUCAAUGCUGUUAAUCAUUAUUUAACAGUGUUCUUCAGAUGGCUUGGACAUGGAUGCGCUGCCCAUCCUAUUCUGACUCUAGCUCUCUGUUCUUGGGCAAUUGCUGGCAUGGCUUAUGGUAUUUUCUACUUGGAGAUUAUUACAGAUCCCGUAGAAUUGUGGGCAAAUCCAGAUAGCAGAUCACGAGUGGAGAAAAAUUUCUUUGAUAGUCGUUUUGGGCCAUUUUACAGGACAGAACAGAUCUUCCUAAAACCCUAUAAUACUACGCAUAUUUAUCACGAAACUGAAUUGGGAGUUGUGGAAUUUGGACCGGCUUUCAAUAAAGAAUUCCUUUUGGAAGUAUUUCGUCUCCAAGAGGAAUUGGCACAAUUGGGUCAAGAUGAGGAUUUAGGACUAGAAAAGAUAUGUUUUGCUCCCGUUAUCUAUCCAGGAGAAAUUCCCACAUUGGAUCAGUGCACUGUUCAAUCGGUUUUUGGAUAUUUCAAUCAUGAUUAUGAUAAAUUCAAUGAAACCAGAAUUGAUUUCAAUGGCUUCGAGAGGAAUUACUUAAACAUCAUAAUUAGUUGUACUCAGAAUGCUUACGCUCCAGAAUGUUUUGGUCCUUUUGGGGGUCCUGUAGAACCUGGAGUUGCUCUGGGUGGAAUGCCAAAGCCUGAAGGGAAUAACCAGCCGGAAUAUACUCUCGCAACGGCUGUUAGUAUUUCAUUUAUGGUGAACAAUCAUCAAGAUCCUGAACACUUGGAUCUAGCAAUGCAAUGGGAGAAGCUCUUUAUUGAUUACUUGAAAGACUAUGAGAGUGACAUUAUGGAGAUUGCUUUUAGUGCUGAGAGAUCCAUCGAGGAUGGAAUACAAGAGUUGUCUGAGGCUGAAAUGACGACAGUCAUUAUAAGUUACGUUGUGAUGUUUGUCUACAUAAUGAUAGCUUUGGGAAAAAUUUCUGGUAUUAGGACAUUUUUCCUGGAAUCUAAGAUUACUCUUGCUGUUGGUGGAAUAGCCAUUGUAUUGAUUUCUGUGGCUUGUAGUUUGGGAAUUUUUGGCUAUGCUGGAAUUUCAACUACUAUGCUCACCAUUGAAGUGAUACCAUUUUUGGUAUUGGCCAUUGGUGUUGACAAUAUCUUCAUCAUGGUGCACACUUACAAUCGCAUGGACAGGAGGGAGUAUUCAACUGUUGCUGAAGGAAUUGGAGUUACCAUGGCACAAGUUGGUCCAUCGAUUCUUCUUACGGCUUCAGCGGAAAUUUUCUGCUUUGGAAUUGGUACAUUGUCCAAUAUGCCGGCUGUUCAUACCUUUGCCAUGUAUGCUGCUGUAGCUCUUCUGAUUGACUUUAUCCUUCAGCUAACAGCCUUUGUAGCCUUGAUGAGUCUCGAUCAGAUGAGGUAUGAAUCGAAGAGAUUUGAUCUUAUGUGUUGCUUCCGAAUGGAGAAGUACCAGAAAGAUGAUAAACCCUCACAGGGAUUCUUGCAAAAGAUCAUCGACAGAUUUUAUGCACCAUUCCUACUGUCCAAACGUGUUAGACCUCUAGUAUUUAUCUUCUUCAUUCUAACCACAUGCUUAUCAAUUAUGGUAGCACCUCAUCUUGAGCCGGGUCUCGAUCAGGAAUUAUCAAUGGCCAAAGAUUCCCAUGUCGUCAAGUAUUUCAAGUUUAUGGCAGAAUUGCUUUCAAUUGGCCCACCUGUUUAUUUUGUGGUAACAUCUGGUUUGGACUAUAGUGAAAAUAUCGCGCAAAAUCUUAUCUGCGGUGGUCCACUAUGCAACAAUGACUCGAUUUCUGUUAAACUCUACAUGGCAUCACAAUUUCCUGAGAUUACCCACUUGGCUCGACCCUCUUCAUCGUGGAUUGAUGACUAUUUCGACUGGUUGAGUGUUGACACAUGUUGCAAACUCUAUGCCAACGGAAGCUUUUGUCCCAGUCUAAAUCCAUUUGAUUGUAUGGAUUGUGAGAAGGAGAUUGUGGAUUUGAGACCUACUAGAGACACUUUUAUGCGGUACUUUAGCAAUUUCCUCUCGGAUCUACCGCAUGAGGGGUGCGCUAAAGCCGGAAGAGCAGCCUAUGUUUCGGCCAUUAAUUACAUCUAUGACGAAGUUGGAGAUACUUACAUCCAGGAUUUCUACUUUAGCUCUUACCAUACAACUCUCAGUACUUCCCGGGAUUUCUACACAGCUCUGAAGCAAGCUAGAAUUAUCACUGAUGAUAUUCAGAAGGAUUUAGAUGAGAAGGACUUGGGAAUCACUAUUUUCCCUUAUAGCGUCUUCUAUGUCUUCUAUGAGCAGUACCUUAGCAUUUGGACGGAUUCUCUAUUCUCCCUGGGCAUGUCGUUGGUGUGCGUUUUUGGAAUAACAUUUUUGGUGACAGGAUUUGAUAUUGUAUCAGCUUUAAUUGUCUCUCUGGUUGUCCUAAUGAUCCUUAUCAAUAUGUUGGGACUUAUGUGGGCGUGGAGUAUAACACUCAAUGCUGUCUCUCUAGUCAAUCUUGUGGUGAGUGUAGGAAUUGGUGUAGAAUUUGUAUCUCACAUCGUUCGAUCGUUUACACGAGCUUCCGGUGAUCACAUGGACAGAUCUAGAAGUGCACUUGUAAAUAUGGGCAGCAGUGUUCUCUCUGGUAUUACCCUGACGAAAUUUUCUGGAAUUGUAGUACUUGCCUUUGCCAAAUCCCAAAUUUUCCAAGUCUUUUACUUCCGAAUGUACCUGGGAAUGGUUCUUAUUGGAGCUGCACACGGUCUAAUCUUCUUACCAGUUCUUCUCAGCUUUAUCGGUCCCCCUUCAAAGGUAAAAGAGAGACAUUAUUGAAUUGAUGAAUAAAGAUGAUAUUAAUUGAGUUGACAAA